AAGAGAGUGCUGAAGUAGGAAAGGCCACCUCUCUUCACAGGUCCAUCUGGCAAGAGACCGGAAAGAAGACUUGACAAACGACACAUUAAUACUGUUAGCCAAAGCGGUCGAAGUCGUCCAGGAGAAAAUGAAUAACAACUUAAUUUUUUGUUGACCUUUUUUGUACCUCGACAAGGUGUUUGACAGUGUAGAAAGACUUGGAUAAAACGUCAAACUUGAAAGAAGUUCGGAAGAUCGUGGUGAAAGGAAUUUAAUUGGACGAAAACUUUAGGUUAUAGUUGGCCAUAGUGGUCUUUCCCCGGGUGGUUUCGGUGGUUGUCUGGUGGGGCUUUCCACUCCAGACUAAACCAUGUCGUUACCAGCCAUGGGUACCGACCGGGAGAGUCUCUGCUCGAUCUUUCACGCUUGUGAUGUGGAUAAUUCUGGACGGAUUGAAAAAGACGACUUUGUCCAAAUCUGCUCAGAGCUCCUUGUCCCGCCGACGGAGAGAGAGCACAUAUUCUCUAAACUGGACACCGACAGAGACGGGACAAUCAAUCUAGCGGAGUUCAUUAGCGGCUUCCACCGGAUCUCUGAGCAAGUGUACUGCGGGGACAUGGAGCACAAGACCUGGGGAGUCUCCUCUCAGGCCUGGGAAGAUUUCCAGACCCGACUAGGGGACCAUGCCCAGUUCAUACCCAGGAAUGAGCAGGCAGCCACGCUGUACCAGAACAUCAGUAUGACAGAGCCCAGGAUGGUGCCUCAGUACGAGAGAGUCAUCAUGAGCUUCACCAGAGAGAUCAAGCAGCACAAUGCUGAGAUGGAGAACCUAGCCCUGGCUGUGAAACGAGCCCAUGACCAAGCCGCCAUGCAGCUCAGUGAGAUGGAGGAGGAGAUGGAUCAACGCAUCCAUGCAGCAGAGAACAACACACAGCAACAGGAGGCCAAGAAGACUGAGGCAGCUCUGAGUGAGCUGAAGAGACACUAUGAGACUGAGGUGUGUGAGCUGCAGCACAAGGUCCAGAAGAUGCAGCUGAUUGAAGACCAGUACAAGAACAUCAAUAUGAAAGACGAGUCUUCAACCCUGAAGAGAAAGAUCAACGAACUGACUCUGGAAAACCAGCGUUUGAAGCAGGAGUUGAUGCAGUCUCACACUAACAUAGCCUUCCUGCAGAGUGAACUGGCCUCUCUAAAGAGUGACCUGACAGACCACAGCAUCAACUCUGAGCGGGAUGAGGUGAUGAUGAGAGAGUUCUCUGAUGAGAGGGAUAACCUGGAGCGACAGAUAGAGAUCCUACAAACAGCCAACAGGAAGCUCCAUGACAGUAAUGACAGGCUGCGCAGUUCAAUGGAGAACCUCAGCAAGAGCAAUAAGCGUGGUAGCUGUGCUUCCCCAGCCAGCACCAUUAGCAGGAGGAGCAGGAGCAUCUGUUACUCAUCUCCAUACCUGGACAGGUUCUACCAGGCGGGUGUGGAUGAGGACGGCGACCCGCUGGGCCUGUGUGGAGGUGAAGGUGGUGGGAGUUCUCUGGGGUGUCGGAGGCCCAGUCUGGACACCCUAGCCCUGGCUCUGUGUGACCCGGCCAUGCAGCGCAAACGCAUCUCCGAGGUAGACAGCCUGCCCGAGAGCUGCCUAGACAGCGGCAUGUCCACGCUGCGCGGCUCCAACAAGGGAUACGACUCUGAGCAGGAGGUCAAAGGGCAUGAGGAGGAACAGAGGGCGGCCGGGAACACCGACAGCCUGGCGGGAGACCACUCGGACAACGACGUUGCAGAGUUGCGGGAUGAGAUGGUGCUUGGAUCAGACAGUGAUUCUGUCCUGGACUGGAAACCCUUGGAGUCAGUCAGCCGGACCAGCUCUGUAGCGUCCACACGCAAAGCCCUCUCUGCAAUCACCAAUGAGGGGAAAGAAAAGGAGUCAGCUGACCUGGGCUAUAUGACAUCAGAGAAGGCCUACAGAGUGGUGUUGGCGGGCGAUGCAGCGGUGGGCAAGUCCAGCUUCCUGCUCCGCCUCUGCAAAAACGAGUUCCGAGGAAACACCAGCGCCACCCUAGGGGUGGACUUUCAGAUGAAGACUCUAGUAGUGGAUGGAGAGCCUACCCUACUACAGCUAUGGGACACAGCAGGCCAGGAGAGGUUCCGCAGCAUUGCCAAGUCCUACUUCAGACGAGCCGACGGGGUCCUCCUGCUGUAUGAUGUCACCUGUGAAAAGAGCUUUCUCAACGUGCGAGAAUGGGUGGACAUGAUUGAGGACGUGUCCCAGGACGACAUUCCCAUCAUGCUAGUUGGGAAUAAGUGUGACCUGAGAGAGCAGGCUCUACAGGACAGGGUCACCUGUGUCCCCACCAGCUUCGGAGAGAAGCUGGCCAUGACGUAUAAUGCCCUCUUCUGUGAGACUAGUGCUAAAGAUGGAUCUAAUGUCAUAGAAGCCGUGCUGCAUCUGGCCAGAGAGGUGAUCAAGCAGGUUAAUGGGGAUGAGAACCAGGAGUCUGUGACUAACCUCUACAGAAGUCCCAACAAGAAGAUGCCGACUGUCACCUGCUGCACAGGAUAAGAAACCACACAGGAACACUAGUAGAGUAACCAAAACUCAGCACCAGCGCAACCACAGCAACAGAACACCACAAUACUAGAACACUGUCUCCAACAGCAGAACAAGAGAACAAUGAGACUUCAGAAGAACGGGCGGCAGGUAGCCUAGUGGUUAAGAGCGUUGUGCCAGUAACCGAAAGGUCGCUGGUUCUAAACC